CUCCCGCGCGUCUCCCAUCUCAGCCACCCACCUUCAUCCCAGGCGGCCAUGCGUCUGUCCCAUUCUCUCCUCUCCUUCGCCGCCCUUGCCUUCACCCUCGCUCAUGCUUCUCCCACCACUCAACUUCCCACCGACGAGGAAGGCGAACAACCUGGGUCCUCCGCCUUUUGGUACAAGCUGAUCGGAAGCGUCGGCCUCGUUCUCCUCGGCGGUGUUUUUGCAGGACUGACUCUUGGUCUCAUGGGCCUCGACGAGCUGCACCUCCGUGUCCUCUCAGCGUCCUCAGAUGACCCUGUCGAGCGCAAGAACGCGCAGAAAGUCCUAAGCCUACUUACUCAUCGUCGCCACUGGGUCCUUGUGGUCCUCCUACUCGGUAACGUGAUCGUCAACGAGACCUUGCCCAUCUUUCUAGACAGUGCCCUCGGCGGCGGUCUUGCUGCGGUGGCCAUCUCUACUACCAUGAUCGUAAUAUUCGGAAUCAUCCCACAAGCAGCCAGCGUGCGCUACGGCCUUUCAAUAGGAGCGUCCUGCGCACCCGUCGUUCUGGGCAUGAUGUACCUGUUCGCGCCCGUGGCCUAUCCGAUUGCCAAGCUACUCGACUGGAUCCUGGGUGCCAACGACACGCACACGUACAAGAAGGCAGAGCUUAAGUCGUUCUUGGCGUUCCAUCGGCAGGGCGAAGAGCCUCUGCGGGACGACGAGAUUAGCAUCCUGAAUGGGGUGCUGGAGCUGAAUAACAAGCAUGUCGAGGAGCUCAUGACCCCGAUGCAGGACGUUGUGACAAUCAGCUCAGACAGGAUCCUCGACCACGACACGGUCGAUUUCAUACUGCGGAGCGGGUAUUCGCGCAUCCCGGUGCACACUCCCGGCCAUCCGCUAGCGUUCGUGGGGCUGCUUUUGAUAAAGAAGCUGUCGGUGUAUGACCCCAAGGAAGCGCUCCCGGUCUCGAAGUUCCCGCUGUCGAUCCUGCCCGAGGCGAACCCAUCGAUCAAUUGCUUCCAGGCACUUGACUACUUCCAGACGGGCCGUGCGCACUUGCUGUUACUGAGCACGAUGCCAGGCAAGGAGGGCGGCGCCAUUGGCGUCGUAACCCUCGAAGAUAUCAUCGAAGAAAUCAUCUCAGAAGAGAUCAUCGACGAGACUGACCGCUACGAGGACAACCACAGCAAACGCCGCGCCAGGCGUCAGUUCAACGCACAGGCGAUGCGCGGAAUCAUCGAAAACCGCGGCCGCACCAGCCGAGCGAACAGCCAGACCACCGUCCCCACCGCCGGCGAGCGCACGCCGCUCAUCGCGGCGGCCGCUGGCGUGCACGUCGUCGAGCACGACCCGCAGGACGGCGCGGAACAGCGCCUCCCGGAGGGCACCAUAGCGAGGGACUUUGUCGUCAGCCCGAAGCCCGCCAACGGCGGGGGACCGCAGUACGGCAGCGUCAUUGUCGGUUCGCCGAGCAACGCGGACCGGACGACGGAGCAGUAGUGACUGCUCGUUUGUUUAGCUCUAUCGUCGUGUAAAGGUGUCUGAUGGGCGGUCACAAGUGAGCGAGCUCCUAUAUCUCUAUCGUCAUCGUGCAACGGACUGCGCUCGUGCUACAUCAGUAUCUGUAUCAUACUCAUACCACUUAUUAUCGUCGUGUUAUCGAUGUUCCUUCCUUGUGCAUACACACAGCCAGUG